CGAAUAUUUUAAUAUGUGCAAUUUUGAGUAGUUAUGGAAUUUCUUUUCAAAAUUGACCACAAAAAUUAUAGGUGGAGCAAUGUGAGUGGAGUAGUCUCUUUAGUGGUGGGCUCUACCAUCUGAUGUAUAUGGUCAUCAUUAUUUUCUGUAGUUGGUCUUGUGUCCGUAGAAUUAUUGUUCCAAAAGUAUGUCAGCUUGUUUGGGGACUUGAACAUCAUUAUGUAUUGGGUUAAUACACCAAGACCAUCUCAACUAUGAACAAAUAUUACUUUAUUCUCCUUGUCAAUUCCCUAGUGUUUUUUACUUUAUUCUUCCAAAUUCACUGGCCGUCGACUCACCUUCAUGACAUCAUACCCAAGUGGGUUUGUUGUGGAAUAACAAAACAGACAGUCCAAAGCCAGCUCAUUUGUGCCUCUUCUUAGAGCUUCUCAAAGGCAAUAUCACAAACAACAAACACUACAUAUUUAAAUCCCCUGGUCACUUCCUCUUGUUUUAUCUUCUUGUGUAUUUAGUCUAUCAACGUUUUUUCAUUUCUCAGUCCUAUCUGUUUUUCAUUCUCUUGUUGAUUACUUGAUAAUAGUAUUCUGUAUGAACCAGUUUGUUUGGUUGCCUAGAAAUUGAAGGAUAAGAAAUCAUAAUAGAGUUUUUAAUUCUUGUAAUUCAUCAUUCAUUUGAUUUAAUGUGCAUAGAGUAAAAAAAUAUCUUACUCCAAAGUCCGUAUGUUAAAUAAUUUUUUUGGGUAAAAGAAUAGGAUUCAAAACAUUUUAUGACGGCUCAAGAACGACCAAAUUAUAGGAGUGUCAUAGGUACAAAAGCACAUUUGUGGAGGCAUCCAAAGAGACAAAUCAUCUCAUAGUCUAAUUCCAUCACUCUAAUAUGAAUUUCCAAGAAGCAAGAGAAGUAACCGGUGUUCCCUUGCACCCAAUAAUUAAGCAUUUCUCAUCCAUAUCAAACGUGUUAGAACUCCGCCCAGUAAAAUCUUUAACCACUAGCUCUAACUUCACUUGAUGUAAGGCUGACGUGCUCAGUUCUUGCUCCAUCAUCCCAAAAUGUGCAAAGAUUGCCCUCCAGACACUAAUACUCGCAGGGUCCUUUGGGCCCACCCUAGGAACGCAAACCUGAAAAACAAGUGACACCCCCUAAUCGCAUGAUCCAGACAAACGGGAGGUGCCUACAAGAGUCAAACCUGGGUUGAGCAUGUGGGGAGCAAACCCACCACGUGCUGAGGUGAUGGACAUGCAGACUUCUGAAAUGUGUACUUUUCUUAAGAAUGAAGUGACUUACAACAUUCCAAGAGAGUUCCAUCUAAAAAAUGCAAAACUUUCCCAAUUUGAAACAAUUAGUUUGUCUCUUUCCUCUGUGCUUCGAGUGCAUUGCACUUGCAUCACUGAAUCUUUAGUCAAGAUUGGAUAAGAAAAUUUUAGUGUGAGGCAAAGAUUUUCACAUUGUAGCAGGCUGAAAUGAAGUUUUUGAAAGAUGAAUUGGUAUUCUGCAUACCAAAUGACCUAUGCAUUGAUAGAGAUGACAGCAGUGGUAGAUGAUCUAGAUGCAACUGGACACUCCAAGGGAAGGUAAAGAUCCACUCCACCAUGGGUUGCUAGCCAACUGGUGCCGAAUUUUUUGAUCAACUACAAAAUUAAAGUACCUAUUAGAUUUUAGUGUGCGCCUUCUUUUUGAUGUUUGCAAAAUAGUUGUAAUGUCUGGAGGAAGGGUGAAAUUUGGGGCAGUGUUAUCCGAACUGAAUUGAGUCGGAUAGUUGAAUCAUUGAACUUGGAACUAGCCCAUUAGAUCUGUCUGGUCGCAUUCUUACAUCAUAAUUUAAGAACCAACUCAUCAAACUGGAUGGUUCACAUUAAAUUGGGUGGUUAAUGAUUAAAUUGUCAAAAUGAUAUAGUUGCCCAGAAUAUGACUAUUAUUAGCCAAGAUUGGCAUUUUUUUGUCUUUCAUGACAACAUAGAAUCAAAAGUUCAGAAAUUUUGAAGAAUCCCUGAAAUUGAGAUGAAGGAUUAUCUUGAUUAGGACUAGAAGCUUAUUAUAGUCUUGCAUGAAGCCGCCUUCCAAUUCCUUUCUCAGACAUAUAGACAGCAUAUAUGUUCAAGAGAUGAAUAGUUUUUGAUGGGUAUAAAAAAUUGCUACAUAUUGAUUACAGAUUAGUUCUCAAAAUGAGAUUUUUCAUUAGCUAUAUAUAUAAACAGGCCUGGAGUUACUAACCAUCACAAUUAAAACCACAGUUAUCUUCCAAAUUCAUUGGUCCCCUUCAUGCAUCAAAACCUAGGUGGGUUUGCUGUAGAACAAUGUUUCAUAUGUCGCCUUCUCAAACAAAAAUCACAAGCAACAAACCCUAGGUAUUUGAAACCCCUAGGUCACUUCACCUUAUCUUUUCUUCUAUUAUUUAGUUAUAUUAUUCUCAGUCACUUUCUCUGAGCACAUACCUUUCUUCUUCUUCUUGUUUGUUUGUUUGUUUGUUUGUUUUUGGUUGAGUUUUAUGUACAAUAUGCUGUUACAUGUCUGUGCUCAUCUGUGACAUGACCUUUCUUGUUCAUUUCUUGAAUACAAGAAGAUAAUAUAAUUUUCAAAUCUUGUGCUUCAAUCAUUCAUGAUAUUGUUAUUAUUUUUUUUGGUAGGUAAAAUAAAUGUAUAGCCAUGCUAUUAAGUAUUUUGAUUUAAGUUCUUUUAUUUCAAGAGGUGGAAUAGCAUAACCUGGUUGAAGCAUAAUGAUCAUACGUCUGUAAUGCAUUGUAUGCCCCAUAAUAAGUCCCAUUUGUAUUUUGUCCACCCUUUCCUGGAAGUGGAUGACUAUUUAUAGCUAUUAUUACCUUGACACCAAAGAAGAGUUUGACAAAUAGGCCCUUUUGACUCAGUGGUAGAGUAACGCCAUGGUAAGGUGUAAGUUUAAUUUCAUUGAACAAAGGGAAAACAAGAAUUUACAAAAUAUACUUGGUCAGACCCAAGAAACUAUCCCAACGCAGCAACAUCCACCCCCGAAAACAACUAUCCAAGCACUAAGGAAAAGCCAAAACAGAGAUAAAAAAGAUGACUAAGAGUGAUAACUUGUGCAUUGCAUUCCUGAAAUUAGUAUUUAUGCAAUUAUAGACCACCCAAUGCAGAUCAUUCCCACACUGCUGAGGAUUCCUAGUACCAUUUCUAUCCAAAAUAACUUUCCAGACAAAGGUUGGGUAGGGACACUUAAAAAAUAGGUGCUCGUGAGACGCAUCCUCUUGGCUGCAUAGCACACAGAAAGUAUCAACCCCUGUACCCCAUUCAUUUAGUCUUUAUUUUAUAGCCAAUUUUAGCAUAAUAAUAGCCUUAGUAUAAAAGCACACUUCGGAAUAUUUCAAGGGAACCACAUAACAUUCCAAACCACCAAUUCCUGCUUCUUCCUUACACACUCCCAUGCUGAUUUAGCAGUGAAACUUCCAUUAGGAGAAGGAAGGCAAAUAACUUAAUCACGUCUACUCAGACUUGGCUUAUCCAUUUCUAAUCAACUCUUGUUUUAAGAGAGUUGCCAAUAUUCUGACCUUUCAUGAUGUUAAUUUAAAUUUAAUGUAAUGAGAAAAUGACUCUCAUUCCUCAUAUUAAAUAAUUUGUAUUUGGAUCAGCUGAUUGGAGGUUAGUCUAACUUCAUUGUUUCGAUGAAUGAAAGUUAUUUGUUUAUUUUAUUUUAUUUUUCUAUUUUUGCAAUUUCAAUUGACAAAAACAAUGCAUGUAUUUUGUCUAUUUCUGCUGGCUGAUUUUCUUAGGAGAUUUUAAUUGAAAACUUCUCCGGAAAAUUUCUACUUGACCAUGGUCCUUCAACAUCAGAUUGGAUUCCUGUUCUUGGUUUUAUCAUUAAAAAAAAAUCUCCAGGCAAAUUCAAUAUUUUUGUUUUGUAGCUAGAAAAUCCAAAUAAUAUUCAUGCAAGUCAUUGAGUGCAGGCCCACAGAAGAGAAAUCAUCUCUUGCUCCCAUCAUCCGUAACACUCGCCAAAACCAACAAUACCCAUUACUACAUCGACCUCAUCUCUGUCAAGAGGGUGCACCUAUUUCUUCUUUGCAUGUUGCGUGUUUAGUAUCAAGGAGGAGUCCUUCUCAAGAACUGCUAGAGCCUAGAAGUACUCUUUAGAAUUGAGAAACCAUAUUCUGAAAUUUCGCAUGAGUUUCUACUUUUGAGGCAAUGAGUGAAAUGUUCUCUCUGGAGCAAUUCAAUUUUGGUAGGGUUUCAGAUAACUAUAGUUCUUCUAUGGGCUUUGAGAGAGAUGAAGGAAUGAAUGCUGAGGAACAUACACAUUUGUAUGGAGAAGAAGAAUGGGGAGGGAAGAUGGCCAUUGAUUCAUUUUCUUCUGACCUUGGGUUCUUUGUAGAGAAUGCAGCCGAGGAUGGACUUCUAUUGUCCAGAUAUCAACAAGAACGUCAACAACAAUUGCUUCCAUAUUUUGGGAUUCUGGAUGAUUUAUAUCUUGAUAUUGUCUCCCCGCCGUUUCAAUCAUGUCAUGAAGAGACUGCGAAGCAUGCCAUUGUCGACACUGAAAACUCGCUGCUUGAUGAACCCAAGAAGGAAAAGCCAUGUGCAAUUCCUUUUGCCUCGCUGGGGAUCCUAAAGAACUAUUGGAGUGGCUUUAAACGAUUGAAUCGGGAAAAGGUAGAAGUGCCAAGCUAUGGUAUUGCAUGCACUAAGCCUGAGUCUAAGCUGAGUGGUCGAAAGUUAUCAACUAUGGAUAUUUUACGCCUGGCUGGAGAAAAAUUCGUCCAUUCCUCUUCCCAAACAGUUGAUGAUCACUCCACGCUAAGCCAUCCAUUUGGUAAUUCUUUCCGUAGUCUCUCUGAUGAUGAGAUUAAAGAUAUGGAACUUGUCCAGAAUCUUCUAGCUUCAGCUGAGAAAGUAGGUCAGCAACAAUACGAGCGUGCAGGCAAACUCCUCAGCCAAUGUCAUGAUUUGUCUUCUGAUACUGGAAAUCCUGUGCAAAGAGCUGUUUACUAUUUUUCUGAAGCACUUAGAGAAAGGAUUGAUCGGGAAACAGGAAGAAUCACGUCAAAGGGUUCAGGAAAGAAAUUGAUGUUAGAUCUCAAUGAGGCAUUGAUUUGCCCUAACCUUGCUGCCAUUAUUGCAUUUCACCAAGAGAUGCCCUUCUAUCAGGUUUGCCAAUUCUCUGGAAUGCAAGCCAUCAUAGAACAUGUAGGAGAAUCAAAAAAGGUCCAUUUAAUUGACCUUGAAAUCAGGAACGGGAUACAAUGUAUAGGCUUGAUUCAAGCUCUUGCAGGUCGAUCUGAGAGCCCCCUUGAACGUCUAAAGAUAACUGCUGUUGGAACAAAUUCAAAAUCAACAAUUGAAGACACAGGUGAGCGGUUGAUGAGUUUUGCCCAAUCCAUGAACUUACCUUUCUCUUUCAAUGUAGUUUUGGUUUCUGAUAUGCUAGAUCUCAAUGAAGACCUUUUUGACCUAGAGGCUGAGGAAACAGUUGCUGUCAAUUCAACAUGUUCAUUAAGGGCCAUGCUUACUAGGCCAGAUCGGUUGGAAUCUUUGAUGAGAGUGCUCAAGAAUAUUAAUCCAUGUUUAAUGGUGGUCACAGAAGUUGAGGCAAACCAUAAUUCGCCAAUCUUUGUUAACCGUUUCAUUGAAGCUCUUUUCUUCUAUGGUGCUUUUUUCGAUUGCCUGGAAGAUUGUAUGGAUCGGUACAAUCCAAAUAGAAAUAUUUCAGAAUCAAUGUACUUAAGUCAGGCAAUACAGAAUAUAGUUGCAACUGAGGGAGAGGAAAGAAUAAUCCGGCAUGUGAAUAUCAAUGUGUGGAGGGCAUUCUUUGCACGGUUUGGGAUGGUGGAGGAAGAAAUGAGCACAUCAUCUUUGUAUCAAGCGAGUCUGGUGACUAAAAAAUUCGCUUGUGGAAGCUCUUGCAUGAUUGACAUGGAUGGGAAAUGCCUUAUCAUUGGGUGGAAGGGAACACCGCUUCAUUCUCUUUCUGCUUGGAAAUUUGUAUGAGAGGCAUUGAAUAAAAGUCUGAUAGCUGUUUUUCUUUUUAUUUUUUAUUUCUGUAUGAAGUUCUCGAUAGACCUCUUCAGAUCCAGAUUCUCUAUAUCUAGUCAAAUAAUCUAAGAGAAAUCCCAUUUUUUGGUGUUGAUUUGUCA